UCUUCGUUGUGUAUUAAACUAUCUUGGUCAUCCGUGUGCGAUUGCGCAUUAAAUAAAUUGGAAACAUUUUAAAAUAUUUUAUGCAUUUUAAAGUUAAAGACAUUUUGAAGUUUCUAAUGCUAGAUAUUCGAUGGUUUUGUUUUCAAAUAUUUUAAGAGUUUGUUAUGAAAUUAAAUUGGAUAUCGCCUUCACUGCAAUCUGAAUUGUUUUAUUGCGUAAAAAUAAGAGGUUCCGAGCAAUACAACCAGCAGGCUGGUGUAGGAAAUUACCAACAAAUUUCUGAAAAUUUGUUGUUGUUAUUGUCAUCGCUUUGUGUUUACACCUCACAUCAACAGUGAAGCUGUCUGCAAGCAUCGGCAACUAUGUCUGAAAAGAACAUAAAGGUGGGAGCUCGUAUUGAGCUCACAGGCAAAGAUCUACAGGGCACCAUUGCUUUUGUGGGCAUGACUACUUUUGCUGUGGGCAAGUGGGUAGGUGUUGUUCUGGAUGAACCAAAGGGUAAAAAUAAUGGUUCCAUAAAAGGCACUGUCUAUUUUGAAUGUCCCGACAACUAUGGCAUGUUCGUGAGGCCCACACAGUUGAAAGUGAUACAACCGGCUCCUGACACAUCAAACCGCAAAUCAACGGAAGAUGUCUCAGCUGCUGAUGGCCUUAAACAUACCGCACCGCAGCCCACUAAAACCCGGCUAAGUAUGUCCCGUCCAUCUCUUACGGGCAGUCGUCUUUCCUUGAGUGGUUCCCGUUCCCAGUUGACAUCGUUGACAGAACGCAGUGGUAGCACUGCCAGUACAGCCAGUCGCAAGAGUUUGGCACCCUCCACUACCAAUACCACUGGGCUUUCGAAGGAAGCCUCGGCCUCAAACUUGUCUUUGUCAAAUGUAGGAACUGGCGGUGCUGGUGGUGAUGCAACUCCCAAUAAUGGCAAAAAGAAUUCAUUCGUGGAAACUGGUUUCAUGGAAAUACUCAAACCGCAGUUCAACCCCUCACAACCUAUGCGUUCGCCAUCCUUUACCUCACCACCCAAUCAAAUGAAUGCCGAAGAUAAAUCCAAUCUUAAUGAACAAAAGAAACUCAAUGAAGAGUUGCAAGCCCAAGUAUUGGAUCUUACGGAGAAAUUGGAAACCUUGAAACAAAGGCGCAAUGAGGAUAAAGAACGUUUGCGCGAUUUCGAUAAAAUGAAAAUACAAUUCGAACAGUUGCAAGAAUUUCGUACCAAAAUUAUGGCUGCCCAAGCUUCUUUGCAAAAAGAGUUGCAGCGUGCCAAACAGGAAACAAAAGAUGCCAUUGAGGCCAAAGAGAGACAUGCCCAAGAAAUGGCUGAGUUGGCAGACAAUGUUGAACUCAUUACCUUGGAUAAGGAAAUGGCUGAGGAAAAAGCCGAUACCCUACAAUUGGAACUAGAUUCAGCCAAAGAACGCAUAGAAGAACUGCAAGUCGACUUGGAGUUGUUGCGCUCCGAAAUGCAAAACAAAGCUGAAACAUCGUUUGGUUCGGUGGGCGAAGGUGGUCCCUCCGUCUAUGAAUUCAAACAAAUGGAACAGCAAAAUUUACGUCUCAAAGAAACAUUGGUGCGCCUGAGAGAUUUGUCAGCCCACGAUAAGCAUGACAUUCAGAAGCUAACCAAGGAAUUGGAAAUGAAAAAAUCCGAAGUAGCCGAGUUGGAGAGAACCAAGGAGAAAUUGUCGGCGAAAAUUGAUGAAUUGGAAGCAACUGUGGCCGAUUUGCAGGAACAAGUGGAUGCAGCCUUGGGUGCCGAAAGCAUGGUCGAACAAUUGUCCGAUAAAAAAUUCGAAUUGGAAGAUCGUGUAAAGCUGCUGGAAGAGGAGGUUGCCCAAUUGGAAGCUUUAGAAGAGGUCCACGAACAGUUGAUUGAAAGCAAUCAUGAUUUGGAAAUGGAUUUACGUGAAGAAUUGGAUUUGGCACAGGCUGCCAAAAAAGAAGUUUUACGUGAACGGGAUGCUGCCAUUGAAACCAUAUACGAUCGAGAUCAAACCAUCACCAAAUUCCGUGAAUUGGUACAAAAACUAAACGACCAAUUGAUUGAGUUGCGAGACAAGGCUUCGGCAAAUAAUGAACAGAAAUCAUUGCAAGACAAUCAAUUGAAGAUUGCCACUGAAUCGGUGGACUAUAAACAAAUGUUUGCCGAAUCGAAGGCCUACACCAGGGCCAUUGAUGUGCAACUGCGACAAAUUGAGUUGUCCCAGGCCAACGAGCAUGUUCAAAUGUUGACAGCCUUUAUGCCCGAGUCGUUUAUGAGCCGUGGUGGUGAUCAUGAUUCUAUAUUGGUUAUCUUAUUGAUUUCACGUUUAGUCUUCAAGUGUGGCAUUGUCAUAAGCCAGACACGUGAACGUUUCCCGGCUGUGGACAAUGUUACCAAAGAGUCCCUUACCCAGGGCCACAGUGUUCAACAGUUUGCCUUCAAGUGUCGUUUGAUGCAUUACAUUCACAAUUUGCAGUGUGCCUUGCAUCAAAUAUUGUAUGGUUUGAAUAGCUGCCAACCCGAUACACUGUUGAGAGCUGGUUCCUCUUUGCCCGAAAUGAUUGCCCAAGAGAAGACAAUUGAUGGCAUUAUUGAAUUGUUGAAAUCCAAUCAAUUGGAUGAAAACUCCACCACCGACAACAUCGAGAAGUGUGUGGCCUUCUUUAAUGCCAUGAAUUCGGUGUUGCUGGCUGGUGAAGAUCUCUUGAAUGAGGCCCAAAUGGUACGGGACAGUGUGGCUGCCAUACAAUCAGCUUGUGAAAGUGUUCUCACAGACACAGGCAUUGCCAAGGUGAUACUGAGACAAGAAGGAUCGACCAGUGAUGCUGCUUUGCUGUUACAGUUCUUGGGCGACAAUAUUGAGUCGAUAAAGCAACAGGUUAAGUUGAUUAAGAGACGUUUGCCACAAGAUUUGCAUGUUGUCAAAUGUGGCAUUUCACAAACCAAACUUGAGUUUAUGCGUCAAUUGACGCAUGCCCUGUCACGCAUUAUGUCCGCCCUACAUUUGGCCAACAAACAAUCGCUGGCCAGUAUUGUGGCCUCCAUUGAGGGCGAUAGUGACAGUGAUCAAUGUAUUGACCCCACCAAAUAUUGGGAAUUCCUUUCACAGGCCUGUGAAAAGAUCUACGAACAGGAUGAUCGUGGUCCAUCGCAAAACUUUAAGAAUAUUCUGAGCCAGGCCAACAGUGAUUUGCAAUCAAUUGCCCAAUACUUGCUGGACAAGGAAUAUGAAAUCAUGUCCAUGGCCAAUCAGAAACAAGAGAAACCCGCCUCACCAAUUAUACUAAGGGCCCAAACGAUCAAAAAGCAAUUGGAACAAAAGAAUGUCUUGGCUGCCACUUUGGAAAAUCGCGAGGCUGAUAUAAAACAAUUGAAAUUGGCUGCCAAGAUGAAACAAAAUGAAUUGUCUGAAAUGCAAAUUCGCAAAGAUUUGGCAGAGAAGAAAUUAUCUGUGCUACAGGCUGAUUUCGAUUCGGCCAUGCAAUGGAAAUCUAAAUACGAAGAGACUGUUGAUUUGCUGAAACGCAAAGAAAAAGAGUUUGAGGAAACAUUGGAUCAUCUGCAAAGCGACAUCGAUACAUUGGAGAAUGAGAAACGUGAAAUCAAGGAGAGAAUUAAGGGCCAAAAUAUGGGAGUUGCUGGUAAGAAGGCUGACAAUUCCUCCUUACUCUCCACAACAUUGCCCUCGGGCCAUUCAACAAAUAUUUCCUUCUCUUCGCAUACAACUGGAGCCACACCGCUCAUUGCCGAAGAAUUGCAAUUGCUUAAACAUGUCUUCAACACCGAAAGAAGUGAACGUUUGCGCCUACAGGCCGAACAGAUUAAGAGCAAACUAAAGAAAUUCGAUCCCAUCUUUGUGCCACAGCCUAAAGAUAAACGUAUCAUCGAGUUGGAGGCUGAGUUGACAAAAAUGAAACAUGCCUGGGCAUUAUCAUUGCUGCAAACCAGCCCCAAAGCCACAAAGGACAGUCACAAUUUGGUUGCCAUGCAACGUAAACAUAUGCCUAUACCUGAGAAAUCCGAAAUAUCCAAUAAGGCCACACAUUUGGCAGCGGAAAUUCUGCAAGAAUAUUUGCAACGUCAUCCGCACAGAGCAGCGGCCAGUGAAUUUGGCGUUUUUCCCACUGUAGAAGUUAAGAGGGUAUUGCAAUUGUAAAGAAAGAAAAA